AAGAAGAGACCAGGAAACAAAAGUUUCGGCGCUAACGCUACCUUUUCCGUAAAUUCAGUAUAUUCGCAUAUAAAAGCAUUUGUUUUACAACGAACGGCGCCAGUCUGGCAAUUUUGUCCAAACGUUGCCCUAAAAAUGCAUCUAUUUAUUAACGGCAGAAUACUAGCAAUUAGCUUCAGGCUGUUUCCAUGGUGAUGACACUUUGGUCGCUUGCUGUUUUGUAAAGCUUAGCUCGUUUUUUGACUGUACUUGUUUCACAAAUGGCAUCGUUGUUGAAGUGAAUUCAGAUGUUAUCGAGGAUUCAGCUCCCCGAGCCCAGGAACUUGGGCAUUCCCUGCUGCAAUGGCAGGUAUUAAUGAUGCUCCCAUUUUAAAGUUUGAUUCGUUAUCUAAGCACGACAAACUAACACAAGCAGCAGCUGCAGGAGCGACUGAGCCUCACGACACCUCUCCUCUGCUGAGAUUCAACAGCAUGACACUGGAUGAACUGAGUGAGGAACUUGGUAGGCGAACUAAGGAAACCCAAAGGCUUCAAGAAGAAGUGGAAAAUGCAACCAAAUUAGCCUUGGAGAGGUUUGGAUGCACAUAUGACAUCAGCAGCUCACCUGGACAAAGCUGUCACAACUACAGGUUUAAAGUCUAUGACACACUGGAGGAUUUUACUAAUCAGCCUCAGGACUGUGGUCUGGACCUUUCAAAAAAGAAUGUGUUUCAAAGGCAAACCAGUGCUCCUCGAAAGGAUGAGUUAGAUAAUGCAAUAGAUGACUGUUGUCAACACUUGCCUGACUUACAAACACACGAUCAACCUGAACAAGAGACGAUCAGUUUGGACAAAGCCAUAGAGAACCUGCAGACUAAGCUGCAUCAAGUCCAAAUGGACAAGGUUGUCAUGUCUGACCUCAGAUUGAGAGAUUCAAGGAAACAUGUUGAUCAGAUGGAGCAGAUGCUGCACAUGUUAGAAGAGCUCCAGAACAUCAAAAGGGCCACGGACCAGAAACUGCAGGAGACAGAGGAUGAGACGUUGUUGCUUAGCAGGAAAGUAGAGACGCUGGAACAGUUAAUGAAGGAGACAUACUCUUCCAUGUUAUCUGACAAGAAACAAUAUGGAAAUGUCUCCGACACCAGUCAGAACACCGCCACUCAUUUAAGACUGCCAUCCUCAGACGCUACGUUAACUGAGGACCUCAACAAUGAGCGAGAUCAGAUACAAGAGAGGAUCCUUUUGACAAUGGGACAUCUAGAGACUGAUGAUUGCAGUGUAAAUGAGCAAAAGCAAAGAAUGAAAGAAUUGAUUGCGAGUCUGUGCCAGGAGAUGGCACUGUUGUCUGACAAACUGAGCUCAUCAAACUACGACAGUUUCAGCGUGGGUGUCAAAUUGGAGCUGCUUAGAAAACUUGCAGAAAGACAGACAUCACUGAACCAGUGCCAGGUCAGUGAACUUGAGUCAGCUCUUUCCAACUAUAAAGAUAAGGUUCAUUGUUUGGAGCAGCAACUCCUUCAGGUUCAGUCUCAGCUGGUGGAAGCCCAAAGAGAGAGAGAGCAAACUUUGCAACAGUUUGAGGAGCUUCAGUUCCAGCUUGGACAGCUGAAGACUUGCAGUAAAAAGCAGCAGUGUGAGCUCCAGGUGGAGGUAAAGGCCCUGAGAGGAUGGCUGGUGGAGGCCAAGGAGCAGCUUUGCAGAGGUGAAGAGGAGAAAAAUUGCUUACAGGCUCUGCUGGAUGCAAGGACCCAGGAGGUGAGGAAAACCCAGGAACACCUGCGGGAAAAAGAUGAUGAACUUCAGCUUAGGCAGCAAGAAGCUCAGCAGCAUCGUUCUCAGUGCCACACUUUGCAGGGAGAAGGAGAGAUGCUUAGGUUGAAGCUGGAUGACAGAGAAAAGCUGAUAGACGGUCUACGGUUGCAGAUGGAGAGUGGCGCUCAGAUGGUGUUGCAGCACAGCCACACCAUCGACAACCUUCAUCAGCAGAAUAGUCUCCUCAGCAACCAGCUAAACCAGAACAAGCUGGAGAUUCAACAUAUCAGGGCUGAGUUGGAUCAAAGCAGGUCAGACGUGGCUACUGCAGAGCAUGAGAAGCGGCAGCUACAAGCGUCUGUGGCUGAGCAAAGGCAGCGUGUCCAGGUGGAGACUCUGGAGAAAGAGCAGCUCGCCACCCAGCUGGAAAAACAGCACAAACGGUUACUCAGUCUUACUAAGGAGCAUGAGGAGCUGCAACGGUUCCACAGCUGUAAGAACGACGAGCAGGAAGGUGUGGUGCUGAGGCUUCACGGUCAGCUAAGGACCACGUGUGAUGAGCUGGACCAGGUCAGGAGUACCUUGAGGACACUGGAAGGAGCAGAUGGACACGGCCUCCAAGUUGCCAUGAACAUGCAGAAAGAGAUCACUGCCAGAAGAGAGCAGGUUGACACUCUACAGGGCAAAAUCCAACAUCUAGAGGACACCAUGGACAAGCUGUACCAGGAGAAACAGUACCAAAACCUGGAGCACCAUCGUCAGCUCCGGGAGCUCACCUUUGUCCGGGAGGAGAAGAAACAGCUUGCAGAUGAGCUGGAGGCCCUUCACUCCAAAGACCAACAAUUACGGGAACGGAUCGGCAAACUGGAGGCAAUCCUUCAAAAGAUAUCAGAAAGCUUUGCAGACUGCCAAGAUUUCAUCCAGCUGCAGGAGCAGGAGUUUUAUCGUCUCAAACUCCAACAUGCCCUCGACCUGAAGGAGCUCCAAGGUCAGACUCUGCACACAGCACUUAAAGUACCUCCACCAGAUCUGGAUUUCCUGAAUUCAUCAGCACUCAUUGCUUCACCCUCUUCCCAGCACACCUCCAACACUCAGAUUAAGGCGAGCCUCACCCAAGAGCUCAGGUCUCUCGUCAAGGAGCUGCAAGCUGUUCUUUCUGAGAACCACAGACCACACACCGAUAACAGCAACACUGGUACCAGCCUCCACAGGAGGAGGUCUGCACCAGAGAGAGUGCACAGGACUUCAUUUCACAGCAGCGCUGACAAGGCUGUAGAACUUAAAGGGUGCUCCAGGUUAAGAAGAAAAACCAGUGACCGCGAGACGCAUUUCCUUAGGAAAGCAGAACUGGAUGGGAAUAGGAUCAACAAGGAAACCAUCAGUAAGUGCUGCGUUGCAUCAGGUCCUGCGACAUCCUUCCUGCAGUUCCUCUCACUGGGCCGCAGGUCACCCGUCCACUCCCUUCUGACCUCCAACCCAAACAUCUGACACUGGCACGACACAACAGACCCGGGGGCUGGCUCCUCGUUCCAGAGACUCACCGAAAUGAAGUAGGACGUGAAAAGGAUUUUUACAGAAAUCUCCAAUGAAGUCAUGUUUAUUAAAAAAAAGGAAAAGGAUGUUUUGAGUCGUAUUAAAAUAAAUCAGCAACAACCUUAAACACUGGUAACUGUAAUUUUUAAAAUGUUGUAGCACAUUGAUAUCUUUAUCCAUACCUUGUUUUGACAGACCUUAGACGGAAACAGUAACAGUGUGUGUGUGUGUACACAUACUGUUUGCCCACCAUUUCCUGUGUUUAAAUUCUGUUUACACACACACACACACACACACACACACACAAUGUGGUCAUCAAACAUCAUCCCCUGUAUUUAAAUGUUUUUAAAAGAACCCGCCUUUAAUUCAAAUACAUAGUGUCUUGCCUUUUUCCUGGUAGGCCUCAGGUUCAUGUUCUCCAUGUUUGGAAGCUCCUCACAUGUUCACUUUCAAAAACCACAUUUCUCAUGAGCAGUAAUCAAAUAUAAAACAUCCAUCUUUAAUCUACAUUUGGUCUAAAGGCUAACCUUUCUGUUUAUGGCUGGGAUAAGAAUUGACUGUUGUCAUUCUUCACUUGAAUGAGGAAAGUUGGUGAAGAAGAAUGUGGAAGGCCACUGUGAAAACCUCCCUGUGAGGCGGAUUUAGUUUCACACCUCUCUUCACCCUAAAGGAGUCAAACAUGUCUGUUUUAACAUUGUUUUGACAUUAUAUUUGUUCUUGUCUAAAGCUGGACAAACGAGGGUUUGUUGAAAAGUUUGGUGGCUAAUGUCAUUCCCUCAUUUUUGCUCAGUGCGUUCAUUCUGACUCUUGUAGCUUUCUUGAUCUUUUACAUGUCAUGUCAUUUUUGUCUCCAUUUAAUUGUAGUCUGUACGGGUUUUGGGCUUUGGACAUCAACAAAAAAAAGUAAUUAGAUUAUAUCAAUUCAGGCAUCUGUCUUUUGUUUUUCUCCGUUCACAUCUUCCUUUCUUAUCUCUGUACAGUUUGUCUCAUCUUCCUCAUUAUGGUCUGCUGUAGGAGUAUGAACUAAAGACGUGCUGUUUACACACAUCGCUGGAUCCAAAACAGAUGCCACCUUAUCAAAUAACUGGAGAGAACAGAAGAGGCCAUCCAUUCAGGAUUCAUUCAGUGUUCUCUCCAUUCUCAACGUUUAAUAAUCCUCUUACCUCCUGACUCAUGUGAUCCUUGUAAUGGGGGUACAUAGCCAAAGGACACUUUUUGAGUUUUUCCUCCACAGCAAUCACAUAUUCUCUGCGGAUCUACCUUUGAGAAGCAAGCAUACUCUUUGUUGAUCUUCUUUCUAGGCCUUUCAGUGGAGCUGUGGUUUGGAGUGCUAUGGAGAAUGGGUGGUGAGAUGCCUCCCUGGGUCAUGGAUGAGAAUGACGAGCUGACACUGGGGUCAUCCAGGCAAAGAUUUCCAAAGUGACCACCGCUGACUCAGGAAAGCUUAUAUAAAAUAAGAAAUUAAAUAAGAAUGAAGUCGGGGAAAUGCUUCACAGUAUCAAUAAGUAAAAACAUCCUAUAAAUUAGAGGUCGAAAUGCAAACAGGACAAUAUUACAGAAAUAGUUUGGUUGGUGUAGUGGUUAGUACUCUUGCCUUUGCAGCA